UAAUGGUUUCCAUCCCUGAAUACUAUGAAGGAAAGAAUGUCCUCCUGACAGGAGCUACAGGCUUCAUGGGAAAAGUGCUUCUGGAAAAGCUGCUCAGAUCUUGUCCUAAAGUGAAAGCAGUGUAUGUAUUGGUAAGGCACAAAGCAGGGCAGACGCCUGAAGCACGAAUAGAAGAAAUUACCAGCUGUAAGCUCUUUGACAGGUUGAGAGAUGAGCAACCAGACUUCAGAGCAAAAAUAAUAGUAAUUACGAGUGAACUUACACAGCCUGAACUGGACCUUAGUGAACCAAUCAAGGAAGAACUUAUAGAACGCAUUAAUAUUAUAUUUCAUUGUGCUGCUACAGUCAGAUUCAAUGAAACACUAAGAGAUGCUGUUCAGUUAAACGUGACUGCCACACAACAGCUCCUCUUCUUGGCACAGCGAAUGAAGAAUCUGGAAGUGUUCAUGCAUGUUUCAACGGCCUAUGCGUACUGCAAUCGAAAACAGAUUGAGGAAAUAGUUUAUCCACCUCCUGUUGAUCCCAGGAAACUGAUAGAUUCUCUUGAGUGGAUGGAUGAUGGCCUAGUGAAUGAUAUUACUCCUAAACUGAUAGGCGACAGGCCUAAUACUUACAUAUAUACAAAAGCCUUAGCCGAAUAUGUAGUACAACAAGAAGGUGCAAAAUUAAACACAGCCAUUAUAAGGCCAUCUAUUGUUGGUGCUAGCUGGAAGGAACCUUUUCCUGGAUGGAUCGAUAACUUCAAUGGACCUAGUGGUGUCUUCAUUGCUGCAGGAAAAGGAAUUCUUCGAACAAUGAGAGCUUCCAACGAUGCAGUAGCAGACCUUGUUCCAGUAGAUGUUGUUAUCAAUAUGGCACUGGCUGCAGCCUGGUAUUCUGGAGUUAAUAGGUAUAACAGACCAAGAAAUGUCAUGGUAUAUAACUGUACAACAGGUGGCACCAAUCCUUUCCACUGGGGUGAAGUUGAAUACCAUGUAAUUUCUACUUUCAAGAGGAAUCCUCUCGAACAGGCCUUCAGACGGCCCAAUGUAAAUCUAACUUCCAAUCACCUUUUAUAUCAUUACUGGAUUGCUGUAAGCCAUAAGGCCCCAGCAUUCCUGUAUGAUAUCUACCUCAGGAUUACUGGAAGAAGGCCAAGGAUGAUGAAAACAAUAACACGUCUUCAUAAGGCCUUGAUGUUAAUAGAAUACUUUACAAGCAAUUCGUGGAUCUGGAAUACUGAAAAUAUGACUAUGCUAAUGAACCAGCUAAGCCCUGAAGACAAAAAGACAUUUAAUUUUGAUGUUCGACAACUACAUUGGGCAGAAUACAUGGAAAAUUACUGCAUGGGAACGAAGAAAUAUGUGCUGAAUGAAGAAAUGUCUGGCCUCCCUGCAGCUAGGAAACACUUGAAUAAGUUAAGGAAUAUACGCUAUGGCUUCAAUACAGUUCUUGUGAUCCUGAUCUGGCGUAUCUUUAUUGCAAGAUCACAAAUGGCAAGAAAUAUCUGGUACUUUGUGGUUAGUCUGUGUUACAAGUUCCUCUCCUACUUCAGAGCUUCCAGUACUAUGAGAUACUGAAGAAGAGAAUUUAGCAUUAGGACAUCUAUGCAUAUGGUGGUCUAACUGCACAAAGCCUGUAACAUGUAGUCAUCUCACAUUUUGUAAAAGCAUAAUUUCAUCUUAAAUUGGAGUGCAAAAUAUACGGUAUGGUAUAUGUAAUGUUAGUUGUGUAUCUUCUGGAAACAGAGAAAAUAAAAUGGUCAAGUGCCAGGUUGAAUUGGCAUUAGACAAGCAUUUAAGUAACUUUUAACUCUUUGACCUGGGGAAAACAUUUUAGACCACUGACCAACAUAACUGUGCAAUUUGGAACGUGUUUGAAAUCUGCCUUAACAUGAUUUAUUUUCUUUUUAAGUUUUACUCCACAUUGAGCAAGAUAAAUAUUGACUUAGUAGUUGCUGUAGACCUAUUUAUUUGAAAUUCUUCUAAAUUACAAAGGGUUUUGCAAGUUGCAAAAGUGUAUAAAUGACGGUGGAUCUCCUGAAAAAAAUUAUUUGAGGACUUCAGUAAUUUGUCUUUACUUUUUGCCACUUCUUCCCUUCUUCUCAAAGUAGGGAUGCAACAAUGGUGCCUACUUUGCUUUAAAAGAAAAAAGGAAAAAAACAACAAAACAAAAAAACCCAACCUUCCUUAAUUACUGAAAGGCCUUUUGUCUGAUCUGGUCUUCAGAAUGCACUUAGUGAUUCAGUUCUGUGCUCAAAACUGGCUGCAUCCAACUUGCAUUUAUGUCGUCAUGAACGAUUUGCUUCUCUGAAAGCAGAAUUGAUCUUAUCAUUGGGUAGAUAAAAGGAAAUGUAACCCUGAGGGGGGCAAAAAUAAAGUCAUUGACUGUCCUCUUUUUUAAUGAUUUUUAUUGGGAACACAGAGCCAACACUGGAUUGUUACACUUCUGACUUCAAAAGGUAAAUGUAUUUGAAAGGAAUUUAUUAUGCUUAGUUGCUAUUUAUGUUACUGGUAAUAGUAGUUGGACAAACUAUAGGCUUUCAUUAAGAGAUAUACCUGUUUUUAAAUUUUAAGCAAUGUUAGCAAAUACUUCAUGAAUUAAUAAUUUUUAAAAUCUGAGCUAUGACAUUUGAUGCAUGGACAACACUAAUGCGUAAGCACACUUUCGCAUCCCUGCCCCAAUAAAACUUCUCAUUUCACUGGGCAAGCAGAGCAAGAUGUACCUUGCUUCAAAAUGAAAGUAUGUUAACAAUUCUUCCAUCUAUCUUUUAACUUAAAUUACUAGGAUUAAAUCUGAAGAAAUCUGGUUGUUCUGCAUGUUAGUUUGUUGCAGUAGGGAAACCAUUUGUAAAAAUAGCAAGGUGUAAGAAAAGAAUGAAUCCUUGUUUAAGGCAAUACAUGAAGAUCCCUUUAAAUUUUGGUUGCACAGAAUUCUGUCUGAGAACACUGUAAUGCUCCUUUAAUUGAUGCACUGACCAGCACCGUUGCCCAGUGUUUGUUCAUUAAAAUCAGUUUAUACUGAUGAGUUUGUUCUUGAAUCUGCUUGGAAAGGCAAAUAAUGACUUAAUUACACAAGAGCUACAUUAUACUUGCCCUUGAUAGUUUUUUGUCCUAUUUGAAUUGAGUAGGUAAAGAACUUAUUUUGCUAUUCUUGUGAAAACUCUUACUUUCAAGAGAACACCUUUCAUGCAGGUGUAUAUCUCAUUUUGAAAAGAUAAUGGCUUCCUUGUUGAAGCUAAAUAUUCUGUAGUAAGUAGUUAAGCUGUAAUUCCUUUUUAAAAUUACCUGUGUAUAUAUAAAGCUAGUGAUGAAAAGCCUAAAUGGUCUAGGACCACACCUUGUGUGAGAGACCUCUAACUGGCUGAAAAUAAAUUAUGGCUUCUGUGAUUGAAGAUGUUACACUUGAACAAAUACAUUAGGUGUAUUCCGUUUUUAGUUGCCUCCCCAAGUAUCUUACUGGACCUGAAAGUAUGCUUAAGCAUUCUUGCAUUGUAGACUUUUUUCAGAGGUGCCUACUAUCCAGUGACACCCCUUGUCCCAUGUUGGCAUGUGGCUGAAGUUUGAAAAGACAAAUACAUCAUAUUCUGAAAAUGAUUCUGUGAAGCAAUUCACUUAUGAAUUUUGGUUGUUUAUCGUACAUGAUACUUAUAAUGUUCAUUUGUUUAUACUGAGAACUAUGAAGCCAAUGAACUGAUUAUCUCUGGUCCAAAACUGCUUAAAAAAUAUAUUCUUUUGAAUAAGUAACAAAGAAAAGGAUUAGCUUAAACAUAAGGGUAUUUAACCUCUCUCUUUCAACAUUUGCCAAUCUAGAAACCCAAUUUUUUUUCCUCUUUGGAGACUGUGGUUCUGUGCACUAUUGGUAUCUUACACAAAUUCAUCAGUCAUCCUAUUUAAUUGACAAUAGAUUCAGUGUUGCAUUUAUUACCUUAGUUUUGUCACUUCCUGUGGUCAGUCUGUGAAAUUCUAUCUGAAACGACUGGGGUUUUUUCCAUAUCAGAACCCUGUUCCCUUGCAGUUCUUCAUACCAGUGUUUGCACAUAACAGAUGUUGAUCAAAAAUAUACAGGAACUAUAUUUUGAUACAGUAAGCUAGACUCACUGUACUGACUAGCAAGUUACAGGAGGUAUUCCAGUUGGUUAAAUAGG